GAGUAUAGUCGCGAGAAGGCCGCGGUAGUCUUUCUCGGCUGGCUAGGUGAGAUAAGGACGAGGCAGACAAACGGACUGACGAAGGUGCCUGAGGUAGGGAUACUCAGUCUCGCGGCCACGUGCUACACGAGCGCACGCCCCGAGCCGGCCGGCGGUCCAGCCAGCCAGCCAGCCAGCUACGACACCGUUUCCUCUUCUUCCUUGUUCUCGUAUCAUCCCGUGCGCGCUUCCUCCCAGUUCCUCCCAUCCGUUUUAUCUGUCCGUCCGUCCGUCCGUCUCCUUUUGUCAGACGGAAACCGUCGAAAAGUCGCGCGACGUAGUCCCGAGCGCGAUCGAGCAUCGCGAUCGAUCUCGAUCGGUGGUGGUUCUCCAGCAUGCUCCGGUAGGAGCAUCGCGCGCGCAGUGAUCUCGAGGAGAUAUCGGAAGGACACUCGGCUACUGUGAUCCGCGCGGAGGGCGAUAUCCUCGUACUGUGAUUCUUCCCGACGGAUGAUCCGCGUUUCUUCUCUGCCGGAGGAUAUUUUCGACACCAGUGUGUAUCGUAUAGAUGAAUAUCGGAUUUGGUGUAAUCGCGACGUUACCGUAUAACAACAGAACUAUCACGUACUGUUUGACAACACAGUGCGUGGAUGAAGAGCGUGUGUCGAAUGUGUGCUUUCUGUGCUGGAUAAGGCAAUGACGUGUGCUGUCACGGCGGACUGACAUGCGUCCGUAGGUGCGACGCGGACGGUGCGGAUAAUUAAAGGGUUUGAUACGGAAGUGUAUCGAGAGGAAGAGGAAUAAACGCAAGUGUGGAGAACAUCGCGUAGACCGGAAGUCAGGCGCCGCGCGUGAACGUUUCAGCGAUAAGCGCGGCGACACGCGAGAGGUGUAACAAAAUGUUGGCUCGCUACAUCAAGCGGAAAGAGGGUAGGUCGGGUCACAGGCUAGGACGGCUGACAUCGAGGGAUUAAAACGUGUCGAAUGGAUGUGGGCGAUCUGUCGGGACCGGCAGGAUUGGUAGGGAGCGGAUCCAUCUCGGUUGCGACGGGUGUUGGUAUUAUCGCCAACGCGACAUCCGCCACCCCAGGGUGGUGGACGCCUACGUCGACGAUCACAUCGGCAGCGGCCAACACCGACGUGAUGAAUCAGCUCUGCAGGGUUUGCGGAGAGCCGGCCGCGGGUUUUCACUUCGGGGCCUUCACGUGCGAAGGCUGCAAGUCCUUCUUCGGGCGCACCUACAACAAUCUGGGUAGCAUUUCCGAAUGCAAGAACGGCGGCGUUUGCGUGAUCAACAAGAAGAAUCGCACCGCCUGCAAGGCAUGCCGCUUGCGGAAAUGCCUGAUGGUGGGCAUGUCCAAGUCCGGCUCGCGUUACGGCCGGCGCUCCAAUUGGUUCAAGAUACACUGCCUACUGCAGGAGCAGUCCCAGCAGGCGCAAAAUCGCCUGAUCAAAGAUCCCAAGUCUGCGUACGAGAAGGCGUUUGGCUCGUUAGACGCCGCGAAUAACAACAAUAACAAUAAUACCGAGAACACCAGUAACACCAGCGCGAGUAGCAUCGUCGGCAUCGUCACCACGGCGACCACCACGGCGAACAGUUACCAUCAUCACCUGCACCAUCAUCACCAUCCGGAUCGGUUGCCCAAGAGGGAGGACGGCGCGCUCAGGCCGCCGGAUAUUCCGGUGCUAAGGUCACCCGACAUCCCGCCGAGAACCAGCCAGGAAGCGAUUCUGAGGCCGGCCGAUCUCCCGAGGGCUCCGCACGAGAUGCUCAGGCCCGAGGUUUCGAGGUUUCCCAUGUGGCGGGGCCCACCGUUGUUUCAUCCAGCGCUCACGCACAUGCAGCUGCUGAACGCGCCGUUCUUCCCGUUCCAGCAACGCUUUAUCGUACCUUACGUGAAUCAAGUGGGUCCACCGCAGAUGGCAACCAGCCUGUCGAGCUCGUCCAGCGAGAGCGUCAGCCCGCGAUCGACUCCGUCGCCGACGAAGAGAAGCGAGGAGAAUCGUGAGUGCCGCGAGAUCGACCGCGACCCCGCCGAACGAGACCGAUGUCCGAGAGCGGGCUCGAUAGAGGUCGCGUACGACAAGAGUCUGACGUUCUUGCGAUCCCUCGGGCCGGAACAGGAGGAGCCGAUGGACCUCAGCAUGAAGGACACACGGACGGACGGACAGGAUGUGGACGCUGGCAGCAUGGAGGAGGAAGAGGAGGAGAAGUCGAGCAACAGCGAGGAGAAUGAGCUUCAACAGGACACCGGACCGCCCUUGGACCUCACCCGGAAGACAUGACCUCGGAUGCCAAAUUGUGCUCGCUAAGUGCUCAGCCAAUCGAACUCGAUUCGAUCGGGAAGGAUCAUUACCGGUACCGGCUCCGAAUCCGCGUGGAUAAUGGAGCAGUGUCGCCGAGAGCAAUUUGUCGAGGAGGAAGGUGACGAUCGAAGCCCCUUCCUGCGGUGGAAGAAAAGGAAGAGAAGACGGACGGAUGGGAAAAUAACGUGAGACGGAGGAAGAAGUGGAAGAAGGAGGCAAAGAAAGGUACGGUGAAGAUGAGAAUGGAGAAGAACGCGCGAAUCACACGAGAUGCGGAGAGAGGGUGAAAGAAGGUACAGUUACAUCGUAAUAACGCGGCGAGCGAGAAGCACGGCCGGGUGUCAAAGGUGCCUCGGCGCAAGAAACGAGAAGGCGAGUCAGGGGGAAAAGAGGAGUAGCCGAAUACGAUUACGUUGGAACGACACGAGUGGGAAAAGCAGAAGGAAGGAGGAAGGGGUGGGGGAGAGAGCGCGGUCGGCCUACGCUGAAGAAGUGCCGCGCGUAGCCAGCCGGCAUAAACGGCUUUACGAUCGGCGAUCGUCCGAUCGAUGAAAAUUGCUCAAGCCGCUCGGUAUUAGCCGACACACAAGUCCCUUUUGCCCGGUCGUACCCCGACGGCAGGUGCACAUUGACGAAGCGACCGGAGAAUAUAUCGGCUCGCGAUACAUUCUCUUUCGUCGGAGAAAACGUACGACGGACGCAUCGUGCCUUACCGAAGCUGAUGGCGUCAGACUAUGCGCGACUCGCGAUUCCGCCAUUCGUAUUGGAGUUUCGUACAUAUUGUGGACGGGUAUAUUCGUCGCGUUUGCAUUCGUCAUUCAUCAUUCACGCGCUGAAUUCGCCAGCGCGGACCGGUAUAUCGACGAAGUCGAAAGGGCGUGAAACACUACAAAUCAAUUCAUUCGUAGUCGUUCGUGUAUAAAAGCUGCGCUAUGCGAACGAACGAGGCUACGAAUCGCGAAUUGUGUGGAAGGGUUCACACAUUCGGGCGAACCGACGAAUUUCCACUGCUGGAUCACGAAUCCACGCGAAUCCACGAAUCAUGAAUCGCGCAUGUCGUAAGCACCAGCUUGAAGCGGUGCCUUAAAAAAUAACGGCGGUUGAGAAAAAGAACCGCCGGUGAUAGUUUAACGUUAAACGAUAUGUAACCGUUUACCGUGCGUGGCGUGGCGACAACGCACGGCGGGAUGGCCAGUGAGUGCUUCGCGCAUACUAUUGCGCCGACGAAUCGUUCGGCAAAGUGUUCCGAGGCCCGGACGCCGUUCGAUCCGAUCCGAGCGUUCGCAUCGAUUCGCGCCAAAAAAGAAAAAAGAAAUCGACGGCGAUGCGCGAGAUGAUCGGACGACGAUGAUCCAGGCGCCGGAUAAAUUGUGAUUCUGCGAAUUCCAAGUGCUCUUAGUACGUAACUUAUGUAUAUUUUUCGACAGUCUUGUCGGGACGAACAGGGAUCAUAUCGAGCCCAAGCGCGGGGGAAAUCGUGUUCCGAAACGCUCUGAUCGUGCCGAUCGUCCGCGGUGGGAUCCGCAGUUGCGCUCAAGUACAAAAAAAAAGAAAGAAAAGAGAGAAAAGAGGAGAGAGAUACGCGGGAAGUGCGGUAGCCAACGAUCGGACGAUACGCGCGCGAGGCAUUGGGCACCGUUUGAGUGUCCGAGUCGAGAGUACGAAAAAUGAAAUAAAGAAUAUUGUAUACCUGA